AGGCAUAUGCAGACAGCUUUAUUAGCAUCAACAGCUUUUUCUCAUGUCGUAAGAAUUACAAAAGAAAAAAAAAAAAACCAUGGUUCCCAGACAUUUCCUACUCCUUUUCUUCAUCCUCUUUGGUUUCUCUUGUUUCCAAGCUCAAGCCCGCUUCAUCACCGGCCGUCCAUCCCCAACGGAUCUCGUAUCCGAUGGAAUCUCCACCGUUAAAUCUCCACCUUACCUCCUCCUCCUCAAGCCGCUGGCUUCGGCGGAGGUAUCCUGUGAGCAGACUUACGGGUUCUUACCCUGCAGCACCACGGCGCUCGGGAACUUGUUUUUGAUCCUUGUUUAUGGAUACCUCAUGUAUUUAGCUGCUACUUACUUGUCCAAUGGAAGUGAGGUUUUGCAUGUGAUCCGCGGUCCCGGGAUUGUUGGAGGAUUGUCCUUGCCUCCGCUUGGAGCUCUGCCCAAUGCAAUGCUUAUUCUUGUAUCUGGACUUUCUGGAGCCACAGAAACUGCACAAAGUCAGGUUUCUGUCGGGAUGGGGAUGCUAGCUGGGUCAACUAUCAUGUUUCUCACCGUGGUAUGGGGAUCCUGUGUCGCUGUUGGAAGGUGUGAUCUUCGUGAUUCAGUUGCAGUAGAUGGAACAAUUACAAAAGGAUUUAGCCUAACAGAGACUGGUGUCAGUACUGAUAUUUGGACUUGCUAUGCUGCAAGGAUAAUGGCUAUGUCGGUUAUCCCAUUCAUUAUUGUUCAAGUAUCACAAAUUCUCAAUUCAACUUUAGGAAGACGAUUAGCAGUUUUGAUUGCUCUUAUCGUAUCACUCUCACUGCUGGUUUCUUAUUGCUUUUAUCAGGUCUUUCAGCCUAGGGUCCAGAGAAGGCGACUUGCUUUUGCAAAGCAUAAACAUUUCAUAUCAGGAAUCUUAAAACACUUGGAAAAGACUGCUUUAGGAAAACUUCUUGAUGACAACGGUGAUCCUAACACAGAAAUGAUAAGAGAGUUGUUUGAGACAAUUGACGAGAAUCAUGAUGGUAGUCUUUCAACUUCUGAACUGAAAGCAUUUAUUAUAGGAAUCCGUUUUGAAGAGAUAGACUUGGAUAAGGAUGAUGCUCUGAGAAAAGUGAUGGCAGAUUUCGAUAUCUCCCUUGACUCUCUUGUUCAAGAGGGGGAGUUUGUAAGAGGUAUUGAAAAAUGGAUUAUUGAGGCAAAGCGAACCGGUGGUACUUAUCUUGAACCUAAUAACGGAACUUUUAAGUUUAUUGACCAUUUUCACAAGCAAGCCAAGAGAGAACAUGAUUUGUUGGGGUCGGAGGAACAAACUGAUGAGGUUGUUGAGGAUGUUGAAAACCCUGGAUGGACCUCCUUAAAAGCAGUACUAAUGUUACUGCUGGGUACCCUUAUUGCAGCUGCAUUCGCAGAUCCACUGGUAGACGCAGUUGAUAAUUUUUCUAUUGCAACAAGUAUUCCAUCUUUCUUCAUUUCAUUCGUUGCAUUGCCAUUGGCUAGCAACUCUAGCAAAGCUGUACCAGCCAUUAUCUUUGCUAGCCGCAAGAAGAAGAGGACUGCAUCAUUAACAUUUUCUGAGCUUUAUGCGACAGUAACUAUGAAUAACGUCCUCUGUCUGUCAGUUUUCUUGGCACUUGUUUACGCCAGGGGAUUGACAUGGGAUUUCUCAUCUGAAGUGCUGGUUAUUCUUAUUGUUUGCAUCGUGAUGGGUGCCUUUGCCAGUUUCCGCACCACUUUCCCGCUUUGGACAUGUUCGGUUGCUUUCCUCCUUUAUCCAUUUUCUUUGGCGCUCGUUUAUGUUCUUGUUUAUGUCUUCGGUUGGUCAUAGGUUCAUGAAUGUGGUGAAUAGUGUUACAUAGUUUAUUAAUGUUGGAUUUAUUAAUGAAAAGUGAUG